CUCUUCCUCCCGCCAUCCAGAAGCCGCCACCUGAGCGAGAAACUCUACACGAGUCUCUCUCUCUCCGUUGGAUGCUUGUAUAUAUUUGCGGGUUUUCUUGCUCCUUCGGUUCGAGUGGAGAAAGGUUCGGAUGGAGAACGGUUGCGCGCUUUCAACCCCACCCCCAAAACGAUCGUCUCUGAAAACCCAAUCGCAUUUCAAUACUUACCCUCUUUGGAAAGACAAGUUGAGGGAGAACUGUUACAAAAGGGUGCGCGAGGACAGGAAUCGCUUGCUUUGGAAAAUGAGGUUGCCCACUGCUAAAUCUCUCGGUGACAAGGAUUUUAUCAAAUCUGCUUUCCAAAACAUAGUUUCCGAUGAACUGAAAAAACUUAAACACUCAUCAUCAGAUGACAUUUUGGAAAUCUCAACUUCUAGACUUGAUGCAAGUGAUAUUUUGUGGGAAUAUGAUGGUCUUCACAAUGCUUAUCAAGGUGAAUGUGAGGAGAUAUUGUUGGAGAUGCAAAGGAUCUUCUAUGAGGAUCUGAGGGCAGAACCAACAAGAAAAGAACCUGAAAACCAUAUUGAGGCCUGGGAGGAUGAAGAAGAUGAGUACUUGGCUCGUGCUGUUUAUGAGCACAUGCACUUGAAUGAUAAGCAGGUAUUGAAAGUGUGUCAGGUUCAAAAGGAGACUUGGUGUCCCAUCUGUAAGCAAGGACGGUUGCAAGAGAACCAUCAACUUAUAUAUUGCAGUAUUUGUGAACUUGAACUCUGCAAAGACGAUGAGUUGUGUGUUCAGAAAACUCAAUUUCAUUGUUUCGGGUAUUUUGUUCGUCUAUUUGUGCUGACAAAUAUAAUUUGGCAAUCAGGUGAAUUUGGACAUACUGCAGACGCGAUUGGCAGAAGCCCAUACAGAACAUCUUGAUCAUGGUUGUAGAUUGAGACCCAAGUUUUGUAUCGAGACUAGAUUUGGUUUAACCGCAUUGUACAUCUCCUGUGAGGUUUGCAAAAUGUUUGAGGUUGUAAUGUAGAUUCUUUUUCUUAUAGUACUUGAAGAAGCAGACUUGGUAGAUAAGCAUUAAAUUGUUUGCGUCAGCAAAUUAUUUAUUUUUAUGUUUCUUUCAUCAUCAUUUGAGAGUGAAUUUUAGCACAUCAUUA